AUGCUCAAUCUUCAAAAACGUAUCAAUGGGAACGACGAAGACAAAAAAUACCUGGCCACGCGAAUUGCUAUUCGUGAAAAAUUACUUGCACAAGAACUCAAAGACCUGGAAGUCAAUCUUCGGAAUCAAAAACUAUGCAAGCUCACGCUUCCCUCAACGUCACAGCUACAUGAGCUCGAGCUGACAGUCACUCCAAAGGAGGGUAUCUACACCGACGGCGUGUUCAGAUUCAAAAUCAGCGUUCCGCCCGAGUACAACAAUGUGCCGCCACAAGUAAAAUGUCUCACGCGUGUGUGGCAUCCAAAUAUCAGCGAAGAAGGGAAUGUGUGUUUAUCGAUUUUACGACAAAAUUCAUUGGAUGCAUUCGGCUGGAGACCUACAAGAAAUAUUACAGAGGUCGUUCACGGACUCGCUUCAUUAUUCACGGAUCUCAUCGACUUCGACGAUGCUUUGAAUGUGCAAGCAGCCACAAUGUGGACUCAAAAUCGCGACCAAUUCAAGAUGAGAGCUCGCGAAUAUAUCAAACGCUAUUGCUGA